AUGCCGACUCCAAAGAAGGCGAACGCGGAGACUCCGCGAGGGAGCGACCUUGACCUGAGCCUGACUGGGUCACAGCUGUCCAUGGUGUCGGGGAACAAACGUGUGGGGUCAUCAGCGACCCAGAGGCCCGGGUCAGCGUCCCAGCGCCCCGGGUCGGCGUCCCAGCGGCCAGGGUCGGCCUCGGCUCACAGACCUGGGUCCGCUGGCAGACCUUCUACUGCAGACUCCAGGAGGGGCAGGGGGACGUUGAGUCAGACCGUGAACGGCUACUCCAGCGGUGCCCAGAGGAAGCACAGGAGAGCGGGAAGUCACAACCCAGCAGACACACAGAGGAGCAACACCAGCGAGAGUAGUGGCAGCACAGGACUCACGCCUGUGGGGAGGGGGGCACAAAACCUCCGGCGACCAGCUUCAGCCAGCAAACUCACACAUUCCAACCCUAGGACCAACGAAGCAGGUGAUGACUUCCUGUCGUUGUUUGACACUCCCAAAGUCAAGAAACAACUGAACAGGGACAGACCUCCAUCAGUGGGGGCAGUCAGAGUUCUGCCGCCUGGCAUGCCUGAAGGCAGCCCGUUCAAGAUCCCCCUGACAGACAGAACAGACAGCACUAUGCCCUCCUCCCCCCUCAACAGUGAACGGUCCCCCCCUGCAAACGUUCUCAACAGUGAGCGGUCCCCUCCUCCCAACCUGCUGAACAGUGAACGGUCCCCUCCAGCUAAGCAGCUGAACCUGCCCAACAAUGCUACUGUUACAAGGGGAGCACCAGCUGAAGCCCAUGUGUUGAGAAACAUCGGUGCAUCGUCGGGGGCAAGUCCGACCAGCCCAUCAGCCAAUCAGGACUUGUCGUUGCCGCGCCCAAAGCAGGGUAGUCCGCCAGGCCGGCGCGGCGUUCCCAAGACGAUCAGCAAGGCCGAGGCAGAGCUGUACAUCAACAGGGUCAACAAGGCAGCGACUAGGAUACAGAGAUGGUACAGAGCGUGCAAAGAGAAGGAGCAGAGAGAGAGUGAGGAGACAGUAAAACGACUGCUGGCACAGAAGAGAGAGGAGAGAGAGGACAUGAUGAGGAAAGAACAGAACAGGAGAAUGGCAGAGAUGGAGGACAGAAGGAAACAGGAGGAAGAGAAGAGAAGGAGGAGGGAGGAGAAGGAGAGACAAGCUCGACAAGCAGCCAUACAGGAGCUGCAAAGAAAAAGGGAAGAAAAGAGAGCAGAACCCAAACAGAAGUCGGAAGGAGAGAUCUCCUUUCUCCAGCCCAGCGGGAAAGUCACCAAGAAAGUCUCCAGACCUGCUUCAGCGAAACCCAAGGUCAGGACCAAGAAAAGGUCGUCGCCUGUGAAGAGGGCGGGGUCAGAGAGCGACAGCGAGAUGACGGAGUCAGAGGUGGGAGGUCAGAGGUCGCCGCAGCAGAGACCCGGCACGGCCAGUACCGUACGCAAGGUGGACGAGAUGUUUGAUGAGCCCCAGGGUGCAACCGCAGCCCCCGACACCCAGGCUGAGACUGACCGGGAUGACCUCACCACCCUCACGGACAGCAAGACCAAGACGACCUUGAACGACCUUCUGGACACCAUUAAGAUGUUGGAGGAGGAGCCCGAGAAGUUCCCCACGCCAAGAAAGAGUCGAGCCUGGGGUAGUGAUGAAGAGAAGGACAAUGGCUACCUGUCGUCAGAGAAACUUGAGAAGCUGAACCAUCCGCCCAGGACCUCGGCAGGGGGGUUACCUGGUGUCAUGCUCACUGAGGACAAACUCAGAAAUAAUCCUGUCCACAGGUCCAUCAUGUCUUUCCUGGAUGAGGUGGAGAAGGCAGAUGAUGAGGUCAUCAGUCAGGUCACCAGCCAGGUCACUAAGUCCGUGGAAAGCACCCCCCGUGAGGACCCAGCAUCAGCGGCCGCGCCGCCCCCGGUCCUCCUGGUCCCCUCGGCCGAGGAGAUCGCCCAGAUGGAGCAGGCCUCGGCAACCGCAUCCGAGGUCGCCAGCGAGAUGCUCAAACAACGACUGGAGCUGGAGGAGAAACAACGGUCCGUGGCCAUGCUGCAGAAGGCACUGAACCAGCAGAGAGAGCUGACAAUCCGGCAUGCGCGUGAGGGGGAGAAGGAGAUGAAACACAGACUCCAGGUGCAGAAGGAGGAGUACGAAGCAACCAUCAAGAGACACCUGGGCUUCAUCGACCAGUUAAUAGAUGAUAAGAAGGCCCUGGGAGAAAAGUGUGAGCGUGUGGUGAAGGAACUGAAGGACAUGGAUGCCAAGUACAGCAAGAGGAUCAAGGACAUGUCAGACAAACAUAAUGAAGAGACACAGAAAAUCAAAGACAUGCAUGCAGCCGCCGAGAAACUCAGGAGGGAAAAGUGGAUAGACGAAAAGACAAAAAAGAUCAAGGAGAUGACAGUAAAAGGCCUGGAGCCAGAAAUCCAGAGACUGAUCGCCAAACACAAGCAGGAGGUAAAGAAGAUCAAGGCUAUCCACGAGGCUGAGCUGUUAGAGGCAGACGAGCGGGCCAGUCGUCGGUUUAUCCACCAGACAGAGGAGAUAAAGGAACAGAUGGGCAGAGAGAUUGAGUCGGCGUGUAACAGGGAGAGGGAACUGGCUAAACAGAGAUAUGAGAAACAGGCUGAACAGGAAGAGCAAGGGCUACAGCAACAGAGAAGAAGAUUGUACGCAGAAGUUCAGGAGGAGAAGGAGAGAAUCGCGACGCAGGCGGCAAAACAGCGCGGAGAGAUCGACAGAAUGAAAGAACAGCUGGAGGACACCAGCUCCAAGGCCGUGGAGACGAUGAGGAGGGAGUACGAGAAGGCUCGGGACGAACAGGAGAGGAGACAUGCUGCUGAAGUGAAGCAGCUACAGGAUAGGCUGAAGGUUGAGAAGGAGGCCUGGGAAGAGAACUACAUGAAGAAACAGGACACAUGGCUGCUACAGAAGGAGAGAGAACUGAAGGAGACCGUGAAGAGGGACAGGGACAAGGAGAUUGAGCUGGUCAUACAGAGGUUAGACGAGGACGCUUCGUCACAGAGGGAGGAGGUGGAGAGAGCUGCAGAGAACAGGAUGAAGCGCAUGAGAGAGAAAUACGAAGCAGAAAUGCGAGAGUUAGAGCGAUCAGAGCGGACUGCGAUGGACAAGUACAACGACAUGAAGGCUGAGCUGAUUGAGGUUGAGGGAGAAAAUGCUCGGUUGAAAGGUCUUCUCAGGCAGAAGGAACAGGAGCUGGAGGAUAUCAACAAGGUGAAAGAGCGGCUGACCCAGGAGCGGAACAACAUGUCGGAGGUGAUCCGGCAGGAGUUCGCGGACCGGCUGGUCGCCACGGAGGAGGAGAACCGGCGCGUCAAGAACGAGAUCUCCGAGAUGCGGGCGAGACACAAGAUGGAGCUGGACCGCAUCACCAGGGAGAAGGAGGAGGAGAUGGAGGAGGUGCACAAAAGAGUGAAGUCAGCCAUUGUUAAGAAGGAGGACACAGUGAAUCAGCUGAGGAAACAGUACGAGGCUGCAGUAAAGAGAGCAGACCACUUGGAGGGGCUCCUAGAGCAACAGAGAAAACAGCUCCUGAAGAAGUAACCUUCACAACACUCCAACUGUCAUCACCGUUUUCUACUGACUCCAUCCAGUCUUUGUGACUAACUCUGUUACUAUGAGCAUGUCAGCAGAACGUACUGUGCCUUCGCGAAAGCCAGAUUUUUCACAAUGUUUGGUCAACGUUGCAUCAGAAUUUUGCCUGUGGCAGAGGAUAUCUUUUCCGACAUAACAUUUGGAAACUACAGACAGGAUGUUA